AUGAUGCUUUGCCUUAAAUUCUGGAUAUUGCUCUUGCUUGUUCCUUGGGCAUGGGCAGUUGACAUCACGAAAAAUACGGUGCAUAGGGGCCAGGUGGUUGUUGAACUAACCGGGGUCAGGAUUGCAUCUGGCGUAUACUGGUCAAUUGUUGACAAUUAUCUAUUGGAAUUCUUGGGAAGCGUUCAUGUCAACCCAGGUGGUGCACUUUAUAUCUCCAGUACUUCACGAAUUUUUUCAAUGAGAGUUCGUAUGCUUGGAGCUGUAUUCAGCAUUCAUAACGAUGGAAUUAUCUCUUUGAAUGCAAUGUGGUCAAUAGUGGCACCAGAGUACAAAUUGUUAGGCAGCUCUUUUAUCAAUAAUGGCGAAUUCUAUAUGUCUGGGGAUUCCACCUUGGGAUCACCCGAAUACGAAAUUACAUCAUUGACCUGGACCAAUAAUGGGUUGAUAUACCUUUAUCAAAAUCAAUUCCUGAGCUCACUGGUAUCCUUGGGUGCAACAGGCACAACAAUCAAUAAUGCGGGCACCAUAUGCAUCCGAAACGUACUUUACAGAAUAACAACUGGAGUAAAAGGUGUUGGUUGUAUAGUGUUACAAAAGGCUGCUUCUUUCCAAUUGCCCAAUGCUCUCUUGGUGUUUGGAGCAUUACAAAGCAUUGUUAUGGAGGACCCCGAGACAUCUAUAGUUGUUGAAGCUCUAUCCACACCACAAACCUUUCGGGUUUACAAUUAUGGAAAUGGAAAUAGAAUAGCAUUAACUGUUAGACUAUUACCGAGUUUGCUUCAUAGUGCAUGGGAAUACGAUUCCAAAGCUGGUGUUGUAACAUUAAGGACUUUGGCUUUACUGCAGAGAUUCCAUAUUGGUCUGGGCUAUAACAAUAAUUUAUUUGCAGUGGACAGUACUGGUCAUGGUCUUGUGUACUCUGGCAGACCACCUAAUGCUGGACGUCCGCCAAAUUGCCGUCCUUGCACUCACCCUCCAAUGGGACCUGGAUCGGAACCAACGGAUUACGAAACUGCAAUUGAGAGGACGGUGACUAGAACUCGCACCUCUGACUCUGUGACUACUACGGAAACGCGCGUAAUUACCAGGUCGGCACAUGUUUGGAUUUCGACAAAUAGUGAUCAAAAAUGGUUUACGUCUUCAUCCAUCCAUCCUCGAGGUGAUAGACCUGAAAAAUCAACCACGUUUACUACAAGUUAUCAAACUCUGGAUGCUGACGGUGUGACAUACGUUGAAAGUGCAUUGGUAGCAGUGGGCACACACGAAAGAGGUGGCGGGCAAGAAGGAGGAGGAGGAGGAGGAGAAGAAGAGGAAGAAGAAGAAUGGUUUACAUCAAGUUCGCUUUAUCCUCGGCACUAUAUGACACGAUACACCACAACCAAUGCAAUCGAAGGUCUGGACGAUAUUGUUGUAGUUGUCACUACUGAUGAAAAUCGUAAAUGGACAACAUCGUUGUCUACGAUUGAGAGACAUGUUACCCAGUAUACGACGACUUUGGUUCACGUGAGCGAAGGAAUUACAACUAGUAAUGAAGUUGAAAUUAUAAUCACUACUAACGAGGAUGGAAGUUGGACGACUAUAGAAAGUGAUAUUCAGGAAAGCUUUACUCAAUACACCACCACUUUCCGCACUCUCAUAUCAGGAGACCCAACUGUGUUGGAGAUGGAAGUAUUGGUAACUACAAAUCUGGAAGGUGGAUGGUUUACAACUUCUCAGUCGAUUGCUCCAACAUUUAGAGAGGCAACUUUUACUUUGACUUCGGUAGAAAAUGGAUUAAUUGAUGUUCAGACUGUUGUGCAUAUGAUUACAACCAAUGCGGAAGGGUCGUGGACAACAAUAGUGAAAGAGAUUGAGCCAAGCACAUCCGAAUAUCGAACAACGUAUUUAACUACAAAUGAAGAAGGCGAAUUCGAAACUGUUGCUGCUGAGGUUAGAGUGUCAACCGAUGAAAAAGGAGUGUGGGUAACUUCUACAUAUAAAGAGCAGUUUACCACUUUCACCACGGAGUUUGCAUCCUUGAAUACUAAUGGCGUUUCAGAAACUGCUACCGCAGUUGUGAUUGUGACAACAGAUGAGGAUGCGAAAUGGUAUACUACUACCUCAACCAUUCCUCCUGUUCCACCAACUUACACUACGUUAAUUCGUGAGUACAGCGGUGCUGAAACUACAACAGGUGUUUAUGAAGCAGUCGUGAAGUCUAAUGAGAAUGGUAUUUGGACAACGGAGUACAAACAUAUCGAAGAGCUCACCACCUUUAAAACGUUCCCAAUUGUUGAUGGGGAACGUCAAAGAUUGCAAAUUAUUGUUAAUACGGAUGAUAAUGGGUCCAAAUAUACGUCUAUUCAAGUGUUGGCUCCAUAUUUUACAUCGUAUACCACAGUUUUGACCGGAAGUAAUGAAACUGCAACUGCCGUUAUAAUAAGGUCGAUAGACUCUAAUAGAAAGUUGUACAACUCAACCUUAAUCCAAACCACACCCACUUUUGCACAUUACACCACGUUGUACGAGUCUUUGGAUGAAAAUGGACAUAUGGAUAAAUUUGUUGGGGAAAUUUUUGUCACCACUGAUGAGAACAGCAGCUGGACCACUAUCACAAAACAGUUGCAAGAGUCUCACACCGGUUUUACUUUAGCAAUACAAACCACUGAUUUUGAUGGGAAUACUGUUACUGAACAAUACUCCAUUUUAGUGACACAAAAUCUUAUUGGUGGCAACUGGUUUACAGGAAUCUAUGAAAUGUGGAAUGUGGAGCAAACAAGGACUGCUAUCGAGACAACGGCUGAUGCGAUAUAUACUGCUACUGAAUCCGUGCUGAAUGCACCAUCAGAGUCUACAGAGUCUACAGAGCCAACAGAGUUUACUGAAUCUAUCGAAUCUACUGAAUACGUUGAGUCUACUGAGUCUACUGAAUCUAUUGAGCCUAUUCAAUCUACACAGCCUACUGAGUCUACUGAAUCCAUUCAAUUUACAGAGCCUACAGAGCCUACAGAGCCUAUUGAAUCCAUUGAGUCUACUGAACUUACUGAGUCUACUGAAUCUACUGAGUCCACUGAGUCUAAUGAAUCUACUGAGUCCAUUGAGUCUACUGAGUCUACUGAACUUACUGAGUCUACUGAAUCCAUUGAGUCUACUGAACUUACUGAGUCUACUGAGUCUAUUGAAUCUACUGAGUCUAAUGAAUCUACUGAGUCCAUUGAGUCUACUGAAUCCAUUGAGUCUAUUGAACUUACUGACUUUACUGAAUCCAUUGAGUCUACCAAAUCUUCUGCAGUCGCUGAACCUACCAAAUCUUCUGCACUCGCUGAACCUACUGAAUCUACUGAAUCCAUUGAAUCUAUUGAAUCUACUGAAUCCAUUGAAUCUAUUGAAUCUACUGAAUCCAUUGAGUCUACUGAACCCAUUGAAUCCAUUGAAUCUAUCGAAUCUACUGAGUCUACUGAGUCUACUGAGUCUACUGAACUUACUGACUUUACUGAAUCCAUUCAAUCUACUAAGUCUAUUGAAUCUACUGAGUCUACUGAAUCCAUUGGGUCCACAGAUUCCGCGCAGUUGUUUGAACUUACAACCGCUGAAUCUAACGUAUCCUCGGGUGUAGAACUUAGUGAUCCCAGUACAUUAGUAAAAACGACCAUUGCUGCAGACUUGUUCACUGAAUAUACCUCUUUGUACGUUACAAAAGCCACCAACGGUCAAGUCUCCCCAAAUCUGGCAUUGGUGAUCAAAGUAACAACAAACUCCGACGGAGCCCUUACUACUUUGACGAAUGAGAUGACUUACCAAACUUCUUUCACUACAAGAUACGAACUUACCGAUGAUGGUGGAAAUAUUGAAACAAAGACAGUUAAGGUGUAUGUGGUAAAAGUAGUCAACAAUGAAUUUUUCACAAUUUUUUCCCCAGUGAGCCUGAGAUCGUCUACAACCCUAAAAACCUCUGGAAUGAGUAGUAGGCAGGUUUUAUCAACGGAAGUGACACCCACUGAAGCGGGGGUAACAAAUCCCAUUCCGAAUAUUGAUGAAAGCUCCAUACAAUCUACGGAUUUGGAUUCAAUCAGCUCUAGUAACACAGAUAUUGCUACACAAUUGGAGACUAAACUCAUUGGUCAAUCUGUUGAUUUUUCAACUGACACUAUUGAUUUGGAAUUCACUGAAUCCUCGAUAUUAGAGUCUGAAACUCCCACGAUGGUGGAGCUAUCACAACCCAAUAUGUCAAAUAAUGAGUCUGCAGGACUUUUGAAUGGGGGAUUAACCGAAUCUUUGAGUAGUGAGUUUAUUGAACCUCCACAGUCCAGUUCAGGCCCUCCAACAGAGCUGAGUUAUGCACAGUACACACCAACUGAGUCAAAGGAUUUUGCUCUUUUAAACAUUAGUUCCGAUACAGAAACGGAAACAGAGUUUAGCGAACUGUUGAUAAAAGAAACCGAGGAGGCUUUUUCAGCAGAGUCUUACGACUUCAUCGAUACUCAGCUCAAAGUGGACACAGUAGAUACGGAUUCUACUAAUCCUGCACAUUCUAAUCUUCAAGAAACAAGUCAAGUGGAGUCAAAUGAGGUUGUUAACACCAUUUCAUUCAACUCCGAUAUUGAGCCCACAAUUGAGCCUAUGGGUACAGAUUCAGUCGAUACCAUGACUGGUGCAGAGUCUUUUGAACCUCUAGAUUCAGAGUCGACAGUACCUUUAUCUUUAGUAGCAUCUAUCAACGGUAGCAUGUUGACUGAAUUUACCUCAUUGUAUCAUACAAAAGGUAUCGACGGAAUAAAUUACCCAACCCUGGUAUUGGUGAUAAAUGUUAUAAAGGGCUCUGAGGGUGACGUCUUAACUUUGACAAAGGAUAUUAGUUUGCAAACUUUGUUCACGACAUGGUAUGAGUAUACGGAUGAUAGUGGUAAAAUUGACAGAAAAGUCGUGGAAAUAUUGGUGACAGAUGAUAUCAACAAUAGAUUAGUUACAGUAUUUGACCCGCAAGCACGAAGCGUGAUAUCAAGCUCUACCAAAUCUUCUGCACUCGCUGAACCUACUGAAUCUACUGAAUCCAUUGAAUCUAUCGAAUCUACUGAGUCUACUGAAUCCAUUCAAUCUACUGAAUCUACCGAGUCUACUGAAUCUACGGAGUCUACUGAAUCUACCGAGUCUACUGAAUCUACUGAAUCCAUCGAAUCUACUGAAUCCAUUGAAUCUAUUGAAUCCGUUGAAUCUAACGAAUCUACUGAGUCUACUGAGUCUACUGAGUCUACUGAAUCUACUGAGUCUAUUGAACUUACUGACUUUACUGAAUCCAUUCAAUCUACUGAAUCUACUGAAUCUACUGAAUCUACUGAAUCUACUGAAUCUACUGAGUCCACUGAGUCUACUGAAUCCAUUAAGUCUACUGAAUCCAUUCAAUCUACAGAGCCUAUUGAAUCUACUAAGUCUAUUGAAUCUACUGAAUCCAUCGAAUCUACUGAAUCUAUCGAAUCUACUGAGUCUUUGGAAACAGAUACAAUAAAACUCACAGAACCAAGUGACACUGAACCAACUACAAAUAUUAUAUCUCCAACAGAGUAUACUUCAAUUUAUUUCACUAAAGACAUUGAUGGUUCAAGUUUACUAACGCUGGCGUUGAUCAUCAAGAUGACUACUGACUCUGAUGGACAACUUAUGACUUUGACCAACGAGAUACAAGAUCAGACCUUGUUCACUACAUGGUAUGAGUAUACUGACGAUGGUGGACAGGUGGGGACAAAGACAGUUGAAGUACUAGUGACAAAAGAUGAAAACCAGACGGAGAAAUUGGUUACCGUAUUUAAUCCGUCACCACUCGAUUUGACAUUGAGUCUGGAACAACCUGAUCUAAACAGUUUACUUGAAAUGUCUUUUAAGUCAACCUUAACUGAACCUAUUGAAACGCAGUCAUUUAAAACUACUGAUGCAAUAUUUGAAAAGUCUACCAGUGUAGAUACCACACAAAAUGUCAAUACUGAGUCGAUAGUGGAAACAAAUCAAGAACCUACUAGCCUGUCGACUAUGUCUUUGCUUCAAAUGAUUGAUACAAAAACCAUCAAAUCUCACGAAAAUAAAAUUUCUGAAUCUAUCGAAUCAAAUUUUAAUGGACUUUCCAAUACUGAGUACAGUGAAUCUUUAGGUGGUGAAUCCAUUGAAACUACACACGUAGAGCCGGUUGAGACUAUCAGUACUGAUUCCAGCGAAGCUACAGAUGUGGUGUCGGUAGAACUUACCAAAAUUGCAAAAUCAACUGGCGAUGCUCACAAUAUGUUCACAGAAUUCACAACAAUAUUUUAUAUGAGUGACAACAAUGGCUCGAUUGAGCCUACCCUGUUAUUAGCAAUUAAAGUGACUAAUGACUCUGAUGGGAACUUUUUAACGUUGACGCACGACAUCAAAGAUGAAACACAAUUUACAACUUGGAUUCAGUAUACGAAUGAUGCUGGUGGCCUAGAUACUAAAAUUGUUGAAGUGUUAGUAACGAUGAAUAAAGAUGAUAAUGGAUGGAUCACUAUUUUUGAUCUGCAAACACUGAGUGUCCUUAACAAUCAAAGUGAAUUGAGACCACAUAGUUCAUCUGCUAAUCAUGCAACUAUUAAUUCAGUUGACAUCACGCAAACAGAGUCAAUCGAAACUAUCGACGUUGAGAUUUCAGAAGUCAUUGAAGUAGACUCUUUUGAUACCGCCGGUAUGACAUCAAUCGAAACCACUAAUCCUGAGACUUAUGAACCUACAAAUGCAGGAUCAAAUAGCAUUGUAUAUUCAAAGAUUACCAACUCUGCAGAUAUAAAGACCAUAUUGGAUCGUGACGCAUCCACUAUAUACACUUCUUUAUAUAUCGCAAGCGAUGAUGAAGGAUUAAUUACUCCAACACUGAUAUUGGUGAUAAAAAAAUCAACAGAUUUGGAAGGAAAUAUUGUGAUGUUGACAUCCAAUAUUGAUAAAGAAACGCUUAUCACAACUUGGUUUGAGUCAACUGCUGAUAGUGGAGAAGUGAAAACAAUACCAGUUGAAAUUUUAGUUACAACCAGACUCUCAGAAAAUGAAUGGGUAACAAUAAUCAACCCAACAGCAUCAAGUGCAAUAGAAACUAUUGAAACUAUUGAAACUUUGAAGACAAAUGCUAUCACAUCUCAAAACACUAUACAAGUUGAAACUGUUGAAACUGUUGAAACUGCAAGUCCACUUCUGCUAAACUUUUCUGGUGUAUUGCCUAUUCAUUCUACAAAUGCAAAAUCCUCCGAUCUUGCACAGGUUCAAUCAACAAAGUCCACAGAUACUGAAAAUGUUGACAUUACAACUAAUGUUGUUGAGUCAAUUAAUUCUAUGCAACCAUCAUCAGUAUCAGCAUUAAUCGACGCCAGUGUUGUGACACAAUAUACAUCUUUGUAUAUUACAAAGGGCCCGGGUGGAGAGUCUGUUCCAACCCUGGUGUUAGUUGUAAAGGUUAUAAAAGAUGACAAAGGAAAUGAGGCGACAUUAACAAAUGAUAUUUUAGAUCAAACAACGUUUGCUACGUCCUAUAGUCUUAUCGUUGAUAGUGGAGAAACCAUCGUAAACACUAUAAAAGUUUUGGUGACAAUAGAUGAAACCGGAGAGCUUGUCACUAAUUUCGAACAAAAUAUGCUAGUUGCAACUACUAGUAUGGUCGAUUCUGAAUUCAGUAGUAUUGAUACUGAAGAGCUUUCCAACGCGGCGUCUUUUGAAAGUGCCGAUAUUGGUGCUAAUGUUUCUGUGCCUAAAGAAUCUAGCACAUCAGAAAUAUUUACAAGUACCGAACCUAUAGAGGUAGAGAGUAUUUUCGGGGAGCACAUCCUCACUAAUUAUACUUCAAUUUAUUUCACUAAAGACAUUGAUGGUUCAAGUUUACCAACGCUGGCGUUGAUCAUCAAGAUGACUACUGACUCCGAUGGACAACUUAUGACUUUGACCAACGAGAUACAAGAUCAGACCUUGUUCACUACAUGGUAUGAGUAUACUGACGAUAGUGGACAGGUGGGGACAAAGACAAUUGAAGUAUUAGUGACAAACGAUGAAACCCAGACGGAGAAAUUUGUUACCAUAUUUAAUCCGUCACCACUCGAUUUGACAUUGAGUCUGGAACAACCUGAUCUAAACAGUUUACUUGAGAAUUCGACGACUUCAGAUUACAUUGAGUACUGGACAGCGAAACCUACCAACUCUUUUAAUUCCGAAUUCACAGAAGGGCACAAUUUCAUUUCUGAUGUACCCACAAUCACAAAGUCUUCUCGAGUCGGUAAUGGACGAAAUUCUUUCUCCAUUGAAAGCAGUCCUGCUGUUCCCGAGAUUUCCUUAUCGGCAUCUUUAACCAAUGAUGCAGUAAAUACUUCAACACUAGUUGAUAUUGAUAUUGAUGAUGGCAUCAAAAUUUCAGAGGUGGAGAUAUACAGCACAUCAUUGAAUCCCCAUGCAACAAAAGAACCCUUGGAUUCCAUCGAUCUGAGAAUUUCGCUUGGUAAUGAAAUGACUAGCUUGGCUAGACAAACAGGUGUUGUUCAGAGUACAGAUAAUUUUGGGUCACUUGCCUUGUCGUUUGAAAGUCACAGUUUGUGGAAUUCUUCUACAAAUGCAGAAGCUACUUCUUAUGCGUUUGGGUUUUUUGGCAACAGUAGUGGUGUCAUUUUAUCCGGUGUUGAUCUGAAUAGCCCAAAAUCAGUGGGCUCUACUAAUGAACUGGAAUCCAUUAAACUGAGAAUUACAGAAACAAAUCUUUCACAAGAACUGGGUGAUGCUAGACUGGGAUUGAUUGACUCCUUUGGAGCGACAAAUGAUUAUGUUGCCACUGGUACUGAUAGUGGUAGUGCAAACUACAUGGUAGAUACAGCAAGUACGGAAAUGCUGUAUGAGAGCAUUAAUAGCUUGUCCUCUGCAAUGACUUCAGAAACUAGCCAAGACCGAAGCUUCGGCGGCUUGCAAAGCUGGCAAAGCUUGCCCAGUUUAGACAGUUUAGACAGUUUACAAAGUGUUCAAGGUGGUGGAGUUAUUGAAUCAACUGCAACCACUAGGAUUCAACCUUAUAAUCAGUCUGUAUCCAUGUUUUCAGAAUAUUCAAAAACUUCAACAUCGUCUUUAGAUGAAACUGGGUUGACUUUGAAAUCGAAUAGCGAAAUGUCAAUUUCGGUAGAUACAGCACUCCAUAUUGCAUCUGAUGGUCUAGUGUAUACUCAAGAUGGGAUACUUUCAACGCAACAAGGGACUUCUGUUCAAUCAAUAAAACAUUCAAAUGACUUACUGCUCAAAACCUUCACUUCCCAAAUAUCAUCUUUUUCAAUACAUAAAUGCAAGAGAGACGACAAAGAUUGCACCGAAUCUACGAGCGUAGUCAUUGUGGAAACAGUGAUUAUUUCAGAGUCCCAUUUGAUGCCACCAAUACUGAGUACCGCCAUUGAUUCCAGUUACGAAAAAAUAUCUUCAACUAAAGCCCAAUCGCAAGAUGUUGAGGGCCCUAAGCUCACUGUAAGCACACUGAUCGAUGCUGCUCCAGGUAUUGUCACGUUUGCCACAUGUAACAGUAGGGACGAUGAUUGCAUCCCAAUCUCAACUAUUGAAAGUCUUCUUCACAGCGAAAGUGGAAAUAUAGACAAUAAUACAGAUACAGAGUCUGUGGCAAAAAGCAGCGACUCAGCGGUACUGCAGCGAGUCGUUUCAAACACGCUAGAAACAAUCGAUGGAGACAAUAAAUCUCGUGAUGCAUCAGAUGUUUUGGCUUUAUCAAAAUUAUAUUCUGAUACUCAGGCUAGUAUGAUACCGAGUUUUAGUAGCGAACAAACCACAAGUUUAACUCAAGAUCUAACUUUGUUAAUCAAUAAGACCCAAAGUUUUCUGGAUUCCAACUCCAUAGAACCUGUGAUAUCCGAGCAGUUGCUUGGAAUUUCUCAUACGUUGGGAACUUCAAUGAAUACUGGAUUUACUUCGUUGUCACGGACGAGGCAUGGAUUGUCUAUUAGUAAUAAUGGUGGCGCUAUAGACGAAAGCCUAGUAGAUAUCAACACAGUGGAAUUGCCCAGUGAUGCAAAUACUGAUGAUCUCAUUAUUGGCUCGAAUAUAAUGUUAGAUACCCCAACUCAUGGUAGUGCCGUUGGUAGAAGUGGAGGUGGUAGUGGUAGUGGUAGUGGUCUCAGUAAUAUUUCACCUUUGUCUCGGUCAAUUAAUUCAGCUGAGCCUGUGUAUUGUUCAUCAUUGACUCCUAGUGAAGUUAUUUCGGACGACAUACAAUCAAUGGCAGCUUGGUCUUUGGUGUUGAGCUCCGAGGCUACAAAUUUACAGCCCAUAGCCACUAACAAUGGUGAAGAACAUCCACAAGGCUCAUUAGAAUCUUUCGAUACUACUGCAAGAUCAAGAACAACCGACGCUACCGUCAAAGUUUCAGAUCAUGCAUCUACCCAAGCCAACAAUUCAUUUAUAGGAGAUACAAUUGACAACAAAGCCCAAAGGACUGGUAUCUCGAUCCUUGUGACUUUCAUAAUUUCUUUUUUCAUAAUAAUUGUUUAA